UAUUUAAGCAUUUGUUCAUACUCAAUCUAGACACGCCUUGACACAGUAAACUGCUCAAACAACCACAACAACCACCUAAUAAAAUUCCACAAGCGGGGUAUGGGAGGUUAGUGUUUACGCAGACCUUAUCCCUUCUCCGAGAGAGAGGUUGUUUCCAAUAAACUAAGAAGACGAAAACAGAUAAUAUAAACUGCUCAAACACUGGUUUCUAAUAGGUGUAUAUCUAGUGAGACGAUACAUCUAAAAUACUAACAAGGAUAUGAAUAUCUCCUGGAAGGUGCUUUGGGACUCAUGGAACAUUAGGAUUGUCCUUCUCCUCAGCUUUUUUCUGCAAGUGUUGCUAAUCUUCUUUGCACCUCUUAGAAAGCGUGUUUCGACUGUGUUUCUGAUCUUGCCCCUCUGGUCAGCCUACUUGCUUGUAGAAUCCGCUGCUAAUUUUGCACUGGGACACAUCUCCUACAGCCAAGGGAGGAAUGUCUUUGGCACUGAUGGCGGCGACAUCCAAUAACUUCAAGCAUUCUGGGCAGCCUUUCUGUUGGUACAUCUUGGCGGCCCUGACACCAUUAGUGCCUUUACUCUCGAGGACAAUGCACUGUGGUUUAGGGAACUUUUGCGGUUCAUGUUCCAGAUUGGCGCUGUGGUGUAUGUCCUCAUCCAGACAUUUCCUGGUAACAAGUUGUGGAUCCCAACAGUGAUAAUAAUUUUAACUGGACUAAUCAAGUAUGGUGAGCGUAUUCGAGCUUUACAUCUCGCAAGUCCAAGUCGUUUUCGCGAAUCCAUGAUGAGGGAUCCGGAUCCCGGGCCUGAUUAUGCCAAGCUAAUGGACGAUUACUCUGCAGCAUGGGCGGCCAAUCUACCAGCUACUAUGAAUAUGGUUCACGAGUUCGGAGCAGAAAUAGGUGAUGAAGAUUGGCCUGGCGGACCAAGGCUACCGGAUCUUGAGGUGGUAGAAUCUGAUCACUGGCCUGCAGAAGAAACAGCUGAUCUGUAUCUGAUUCACGAGUUCAGAGGGGAAAUACCUAAAGGAAGGCCUGUCAAGCGAGGGCUAUCGGAUCUUGAAGUGGUGGAAGAAGCAUAUUACUUCUAUGAGAAAUUCAAAGGACUGAUUGUUGAUCUCAUACUUGACUUCAGACAGCGUAAUGAAAGUCGCAACUACUUCCUCGACUUAAAUUCAACAGAUGCCUUUCGAGUUAUAGAGACUGAACUUAACUUCAUUUUUGACGUUCUUUAUACUAAAGUGACAGUGGUAAAUUCUCCAUGGGGUUAUGCAAGGCGAGCAGUAUCUUUCAUUCUCCAUGUUGUUGCUGGAAUUCUCGUCUACCGUUGGGAUAAAAGGGGAGUUCCUAGAUUGGACAACAGUUGCCCUGAAGAAAAUGAGUUACUCUCAUUUACGCCGUUUGCCUAUGCCUUUUCGAUGCUUGCACCGUAGGUGGGCUGAAUCCGUUUCACAAUUCAACCUGAUUGACUAUUGCAUACAUGCGCGCUCAGAGAGAAGGGAACGGACAUAUUAGUAUUUUGGCAUCGCUGAUAUAUUGGACAGGAUCGUGUAUGUGGAUAGUGAUCCAUUCACUACAGAAUUGAGGGAAUUCAUACAUAAAGAGCUAAAAGUGAAGUCCUUUUUCGCUAAAGAUUUAAAAAUAGCCAAGGAAAUGUGGUUAGCCAAAGGAGAAUGGACUCUUCGUAUGAAUAAUUGUAGUCAGCUGCUUCCUUUCAUCACUGAUUCUAGUUACGACGAGUGCCUUCUAGUUUGGCACAUUGCUACAGAACUCUGUUAUAGCCAAGACUUGGUUAGCCAGGCUCAGAGAAUUAAUGAAGAAAACGAGGAAAGCAAAGUGAAAAAAUUCCGAAUGCCGUUUGCACAUUGUUUUUGGAGAAAAAAUAAAAGGGAUCAGAGUGAUCAUCAGUUCAACUACCGCCAGAUUUCGAAGGUUCUUUCAGAUUACAUGCUCUACCUCCUCGUUAUGCAGCCAUCAAUGUUGUCCACUGUGGAAGGUAUCGGACAGAUUAGAUUCAGAGACACUUGUGCUGAAGCCAAGGAGUUUUUCCGCAGCAGGGAUUUAAUGAAGAGUACUACCGAAGAUCAAGGUGAGCGAUGCUGGAAAAACUUCUUUACCAAUUGCUUCUCAACAGGAAGAACAACGGGGGAUGAGCACCGCGACCCCCUUUUGAAACAUACAGACGAAGAAAAUAUCGUUUGCUGUCCUGAAAAGAAACCAAAUCAAGAAGACGAGGAACAUAAACGAGCAUGCAAUGCUAUCCUUAGCGUGAACGCAGUGGUGAAACCCGCGCUAAUAAAGGGAGAUCAGAGUAAAACGGUCUUGUUUGAUGGACGUAUUUUAGCUGAAGAGCUGGAAAAACUUGAAAAAGAUCACAGUUUCAAUAAAUGGGAGAUAUUAAGCGAGGUAUGGGUUGAAAUGCUCUCAUAUGCGGCAAUUAACUGCAACGCCAAUAACCAUUGCCAUCAGCUUAGCAAAGGAGGAGAGCUUAUAACUUUGGUUUGGUUGUUGAUGAUUCAUUUUGGCUUUGGAAACAAUUAUCAAAUACGUGAAGGUCAUGCAAGGACAGAACUGGUUGUGGACAAUAAUUAGCUUCUUUUUGCACAAUGUUGUAUUUCAAGAUGAUCUUAUCUUAAAGAUCUAGAUUCGUAAUAUGGAUUGGGGUUUGGUUUUUUUCCUAGUUCAGUUCAGUUCAGUUCGGUUUAAUAGCCUCUCUACCUCUCCAGGCAGGGGUAAGGUCCGCUUACACAUUACCCUCCCCAGACCCCACUUGUGGAUUAUACUGGGUAUUGUUGUUGUUGUAGUUCGGUUUAAUAGAUUCGAUUUUUCGGUUUU